AUGGCAGAAGUCGCCGGGGCAAGGUCCGAUGCACAUGAACAACGCUCUCAAAAUCAAGCGCCGACAAGUGAACGUGAUGCUAUCAACAUCGACACGGCUGUCAAUGGGAAGAAUGAGCUCCAUUCGAUCGCUGCUGACGACUCGCCGCUAUCCCAGGCUUCCACCGUCGCCACUGAGCAGAGAGACUCCAAGCAUCCUUUCGAGACCAUCAUGUCUGAGUGCGAUGGGAGAGCCCAACCUGAGCCCUGCUGGGCGCUGCCGCCUCAUUACACCUCCGCGCCCCGACCUUGGAGAACCACCCUCAUGCGAGCAGGGCCAGUUUCGGGGUUUCUUGCUAUGUUUGUAGCAAUCGGCUCUAUUGCAGUCUCUCUUGGCAUACUCGUCGCCUCGGAUGGUGCAGCGGUGUCAGGCUGGUCUGCUUCGCCUUCUAUCUAUUUGGCUACGUGUACUGCUAUCGCGAACCUGGCAAUGAGAUAUGCAUGCAUUCAGGGCGUUGUGAUAGCAUGGUGGGUCAGAGCAAGAAAAGGAUCAACUCUCGCCAGACUGCACUAUGACUGGCGAUCAGGGGCGACCCUCGGAGGUGCCCUUGCUGCUGGAAGGCGCACCGGCUUGCUGGGACUUGCAACGAUCUUUUCUACUCUGGCACUCAUCGACGGUCCGCUUCUCCAACGCUCCAGCUCGGUGGUGCCGUCAACCUUGCACGAACCUGUGUCACUCCAGGUUUCCAUGGCUCAGGAGAUAGCUAGGGGCAGUACCGGCUUCUGGAUUGCUAGCGAAGAGAUGGAUUAUGGAACGCAUGUCAACACGCCAUUCAAUAAGACAAUGCCAGGUGUGGACGGGACCAAAGUCUCCAACGACAUUUGGACCUUCACAGAAGAUUUCAUGGAUGAGGUCGCAACGCUCUACUAUUCAAACGCGCCUUUGCCGGGACUGGUUCAUGGCUGCGUAGACAAGUGUCUCGUAACCAUUCGAGCGCCAGCAGUUGCAGUGGUUGAGUGUACGCCUUAUUCAAUCUCGGUUGAUUACCAUGAGGCAAUGAGUCUGCUUGCUGUACAGCGGGACAGUACCGGAGCAGGUCCCCUAAACCAGCAAGCGUUCGUGACUGCCGCGGCUUUGGAUCCCACAGGACAAUCGCAUGAGACGAUUAAUCUCCUGGCCGGGUACUCUACUACAACGGAUUGUGCCGGCACCUAUCAUUACACCGCCUGCACGCUCCAGUCCGCCAUUGGAGAAUACAACAUCACUGUUGCUGGAAAUUUGUCCUCCAUUGAGACUCUUGGCACCCCACGCAUUGUCGCCCUCGCGAACGACACACGAACGAACGGCAUCGUUGAAGGAGGAGGACAUGCGUCCACGCUCGCUGGCGUCAUGGCUAUCUACAGUGAGCCGUGGCAAAGCCAGGUGACCGCCUACAACGAUCGCGGACGCGUCUCCUGGCAGACUUAUAACCAACAGCGCCUGUUUCAAUAUGAAGGUGACUACAGCGGGGAUUGCCCGUCGUUUGUAGAUCCACUUGGAGAUAUGAUCGCUUCUCUGAACAAGCUUAUGGUGUACACUGGAGCUGCGAUGGCUAGGAACGAUUUCGCCUGGCUCGACGCUCGGAUGGAUCCUGGGAUUGCCGCGCAGACAAACACCACCGUCGAAGGCACUACUGUUGGCGAUCAGAACGUUUUCCGCACGGAUUACUGGUGGUUCCUUGCUGCCGCACUAGUUGAGAUCACCUGUAUAUGCUUCGUAGCGCCGACGUACUGGGGCUACUGGAGGCUUGGGAGAUCGAUGUCGUUUUCGCCGCUGGAGAUCGCUAAGGCUUUCGAGGCACCACUGCUUGCGGGAUGCCAUUCUAAUUCAACAGGUCGCGACCUCGCGAGGGCAGUGGGCGACAUGCCUGUCAAGUAUGGUUCUGAGGGCAGCGAUGAGCUUGCUUUUGUCAGUCCGAAACCGUUUCGAGGUCGUCAGGAUCCAUCUUCUCCGAUGUUUGAGAAGCAGAUAUCGCCAGUUCUCACCACCACCCCAUUCCGACAACAGCAACCCGCGCCAACAGAGCACUCCUCCGACCGGCCCCCCUCCGCUCCAAUCCAAAACUUCGCCUCCUCCAUCCGCUCCAACAAAGCCCUCCGCAACACCACCGAGCCCUACAUCGCCUACGGCAGCACCGAAGACCUGUACCUCCUCUGCUCCGCGCCCGCCGCCUACACCAUCCCCUCCCGCAACGCCUCGCCCCCCGAACCCGCGCCUACCACCUCCGAUGGCGAGGACCUGGGUGUGCCUGAUAACGCGGAUAGUAUAUGGUUCCGCCCCAAAGCGCAGGGUGGGUUGGAGCUGGACGUGACGUUCCACACCUGGGCGCAGAUUGUGUUUCUGCAUAUGUACCUGUUGACGGUGCGGUUACGGACGUUCCCCGCGGAGCAUGCGAAGAUCUGGCAUCAGCAGUUGCUGGAUCAUUUCUUCUAUGCUGCGGAAGACAGGAUGGCGACGUGGCAUAAUAUCUCCGCGCGCAGCGUGAGGAAUAAGUAUCUUAAAGACCUGUGGCAGCAAUGGCGAGGCGUGAUUCUGAGCUACGAUGAAGGGUUGGUGAAAGGGGACGCGGUGCUUGCGGGUGCUGUGUGGAGGAAUCUGUUCAAGGCGAGGGUGGAGACGGAUGUGAGGGAUUUGGGGUUGGUGGUGGCUUGGUUGAGGAAGGAGUUGAAGACGUUGGAGGGGAUGAGCGAUGAGGCACUUGCGGAGGUGAGGGUGCGGUUUGGGGAUCUCGGGGCGCCAGAGGUGGCGAGGGCGUUGGAGAGGAAGAGUGGGAAGAUGGAGAAGCCGUUUACACAGGAGGAGUUGGCGGAGGGAAGUGGGAAGCAGGGUGGUAAGGCAUAG